AUGCCCAGCCUGCUUUGUGCCUUUGCUUUUGCCAGACUCCGCCCACCAGCUUCACCCUUCUCCACCUGGAUCCUGAGCUCGGGGCGGCACUUGGCCUCAGCACAUGGGUGUGGGUUGGAGGCAUUGGUCGAGGAGCCUCUCAUAGGCGUCCCUCCAGAUCUGCUGGGAGCUCUGCUUCUGCUGCGGAAUCUUCCAGCCUCCUGGCUGCAGCUGCUGCUGCUACGUCCCCGCCUGGCUCCUGCACAGCCACAGGCUGUCAGUCUCUGCCUUAAGGGCCCAGCCUUGGAGCCGACCCUCCGAGCAGGACCCGCCAACGGGCAAAAGCAAGAAGACCCCUCUCGCCUAUUACUGGUGCCACUGCUGGGCUCCAGCCAAUCGCUGAGUGCCAGGUGGCCCAGGGCCGUGCAAGGAGCCGCACAGGCUGACGCGCAGGGUGGGCUGGGAUCACUGGUGUCUGAGUGCCUAGUCUACAGCUCCCUGGAGCAGCCUCCCAUACCACAGACCGUGUUCCCGCUCAGAGGCCCAGAGGUGCCCGAAAGCUGUUGGAUCAUGCAGGGCUGUGCCCAAGAGGAGGCAAGGGCUCUCAGCCAUCCAGCAGCAUGGCCAGGCUCCCUGACGCCCCCCACCUGCUGGGACCUGAGCCCCCAGGCCUCGCAGCCUAUUCUCCAGCAUGGCCAGGGCUGCCAUGGUUGUCACCUGAGGCCGGGUGUCAGUGAUGGAGCUGGACUGCUGAAGCAGGAAGAGGGGAUGGAGCUGCCUGGGCCACCUAGAUGUGGGGGUGAUGCCGUGGCUGCAUGGGGCAGAGACUCGUCGUUCGUGGGAUUGUUUCCCUCCCCAAAGCUCGUCGUGGACCUGCAACCCGUGGCCCCAGCACCCACCCUGGCACAUCUCAGCCAGGAUGACCAGCACACACCACCACCCUGCCACGGGCCCCAGAGUUCCCUGGCAACCCCAGGCCUCGCACUGCUCCUGUCCCUCACCGCCCACUGUGCUCCUCCCCAGCCUGAGGAACUCUCCCAGGGAGCGCUGAAGGCUGCUGGGGCCGACCUAUGGGCCAGUGCUGACGCCUCCCUUCUGCAAGGUUUCUGGUGCCAGCCAGCCAGCCAGCUGCCCCGGUUCCAGCUCUCGGCUCUGAUCAGGAGGAUGGCCUCGCAGCAGGUCCUCCUCAAAGCCUGGCAGCUCAGCUGCCUGGCCAACCUCGCCAUGCGGCACGGCCUCCAGGAUGACUUUGAGCUCCAGCCACCAGACCUACUGCUCUUUUACAACCUGAGCCAGGUGAGGGAAGCUGACUGCCGCACCUUCACCCGCCGUGCUGCCCAGGGCCACAUGGAGCUGCUAGCCAACCUGCCCGACCAGAGAGUUGCCCUGCAGCACGCAGCCAUGGCCUGCUUGGGGGGGCCCCGCCCAUGGCUCAGCGCCUCUGACCUGCUGGUCCUUGGGGUCCUGGUGUGUGACAUGGAUGCACCCAACAUCAUCACUGCAGACCCUCAAGUGCUGCAGAACCUGCGACUCUGCCCCCAGCUGACCGCCGCCCAGAGGGCCGCCCUCAACAUCCUGCUGGCCAGUGGGAGGACCCAGCUUGGGCCCCCUGGCUCCUGGAACCUGGAGGGGCUGCAGGCCCUGGGACCUCUGGCUACCUACAUCAGCCCCCGCCUGUGGGUGCAGGUGCAGGAGGCUGUGGGCCUGGACUUCUUCCGCAGCAUGGUCGCCAUGUGCCGGGUGGGGCAUCUCAGUCAGCGUGAUGCCAGGCGCUUCGUCACCAGCUUCCUGGAGGCCAAAGCCAGCACAGUGUCCUCGAGGCCCAGGCGGGGCACAGGGAGAUCCUGUGUCCGUGGCAACAUCACAGCAGCGACGCUUCAGGACGACCUCUUCCUGGUGCACUACGACUGCCCCCAGCUUGAGUCCUGCCUGGGCAGCCGCGUGCUCAGGGCCAACCUGGACCCCCUGCUGCAGCACCCGCUGCCCAUUGAGUGCCAGCGUGUGGUCAAGGCCAAGCUCACGCAGAUCUACCCACAUGGUGUCCCUGAGGACCAGUUGCGAAUCAUCACCUCACUGGUCUACCUCUACUCCGUCAAUGAGAUAGGCCAGUGGAACAUCACAUCCAGAGACACAGUCGUGGCCUUGCUGGCCUCAGACGUGGCCCUGGAGAACCAGACAGAGGCCGUCCUGCAGAAGUUCCUGGACCACAAUGGCAAGGUCACUGGCACCCUGCUAGUGGCCAUCGGGGGCUCCCGCCUCUGCUGGAUGAGUCCCCGGCAGAUCCAUAUCAUCCAGCCUUCAGAAUUCCGGCUGGCUGGAGCCCUGGACAUCUCCUCCUGCCCUCAGAGCCGGAAGGACGUGCUGUACGCCAAGGCCCGUGAGGCCUUUGGCAGCACCAGGACCACGGCUGCAUACUACCGCUUCAUGCGCCCCUACCUCGGUGGCGCCCCUGUGGAGGAGCUGCGGCACCUGGCCCAGGCCAACGUCUCCAUGGACAUCGACACCUUCACCAACCUGAACCCCCAUGUGCUGCAGAGCCUCAGUGUCGACAAUGUGACCACGCUGCUGGGCCAGAACGUGGGGGACCUGCAGAAGGCUCGCAGCCACCCGGCCAUCAGCUCCUGGCUCCGCAGCCUCAACAGCUCCACCCUGGGCGAGCUGGGCCUGGACACCGGCCUGGAUCCCGCCAGCCCCACUGACCCAGGCCACGCAACCAGUGGGUCCCCCAGCACCAGACCCCUUGCACCCCGUCCAGUCCACACCUCAGGCCUGCCCGGGAAUGACGCCGAGGUCCCCACCUCAGGCAGCCCUCCAGCCCUCCUGGGCUACCUGCCACUUGCUGCAGUCUUGCCCUCUGGCCUCCUGUGGCUACUUCAUAGGGACGCCUCAGGGCCCAACCGGGGCUGCCCAAAGGGCGUCUGCACCACCGGCCCACAGCACUGCCCCACAGUGGCUGGGCCUAUGGGCGUCACAGGCAGGAAAAACGGGGCUGCUAGCUGGAGCUGGACACGUGCCCAGGCCGAAGUGCAGGCUCUGGGCCCAGGGGACCAGCCUGUGUCCCUCAUCCUAGGGGUCUGCAGGUCCCCAGGCUUCCAGGACCUGGAGCUAGACUGGGGACCUGGACCAUGAGGAGCUGAGGGAUGCCCAGCCACAGGCCGAGGCCAGCAGAGGGAGACGCUGCCCACGCCCUCUGGUCUCCUUCAGGAGAACUGGGUUGGGGUGGGGACUCUGAUGUCACUAACCCACUGGUGGAUAUGAAUAAAGCAAGGGUUCUGUUC